UCAGUGUACGUCUUCCCCAAUGGCUCACUAUUGGGCAUGAGCUGCACUACACAGGGGCUUUAAAGUCAUUACUUAUACAGGAUCCUAAAAGUAUGAAAACAUACUUGGACCUUUGGACAAAUAAUAAACUUUUGCUGUUUGUAGCAACCAUUAUUUUAUUCCCUGUUGGUCAUAGUGUGCUGGAGAGGGUGUGACAGGUGUUAUUUUGUACUGAAUGCAGCAAACCUAUACCAGGGAGCAGAUAGAAGUCUGUGUGGAGAUUUUGGGACGGGUCUUGGAGGUAUUAGACCCUGCCCACCUGGCUCGCAACUGCAAAGUGGAGCUCCAGAGCGGACUUAACCACCCGGAUAAUUCUGUCAAAGUGCUCGCUCUCACGCAGAUUGGGCGGAUGCUUGGCGAUGCUGAUGGGAUUGCAGAGGCGAUGAAUAAUCCUGAGAUUCUACAAGAUGUGAUCCAGAGCAUGGGGGCAGAAAGUUUAGGUGUAUCUAAAGAGGCGAUAUCUGCCCUCAGCAAGCUAAGCAACACAAAGGCAGGGCUUGACGCUCUGUUCCGCACUGAUUUGUUAAAAAAACUCAACGACGUGAUGGCCAUCAGUGACAUUGUCAGAUACAGAGUGUAUGAGCUGGUGGUGGAGAUCUGCUCUGUGUCCCCUGUCUCACUGGGUUACUGCGCCAGCAGCAGCUUUCUCACUAAACUACUUGAGGAACUGACUGGAGACGAUGUUCUCAUCAGAGCGACAGCUAUAGAGAUGGUCACCAAUCUGGCUCAGAGCCAACAUGGCCGUCAGUACCUGGCACAGCAGGGAAUCAUGGAUAAAAUAUCCAACAUGAUUCUGGCCGCAGACUCCGAUCCCUUCUCCAGUUUCUACCUGCCAGGCCUGGUGAAGUUCUUUGGGAACCUGGCCAUCAUGGACAGCCCACAGCAGGUGUGUGAGAAUUACCCAGCAUUCCUCAACAUGGUGUUUGCCAUGGCAAUGUCCCCUGACUCCACACAGAUCCCUGUUGCCCUGGAUACUCUGGGAGUGCUGGGUGGCACUGUUGAGGGCAAACAAGUGCUGCAUAAAACAGGUGAACAGUUUAACACAGUGAUAAAGCGAAUGAGUAAGUUAGCCCAAGAUGGAGCUACUGAUCUCAGAGCGAGGAGUCUGGAGGCCAUUGCUCAGCUACUCACACUACCAGUGGAGCAGCAGACGGAUGACCUGUUACUGCUAACGGAGUCGUGGUUCUGCUCUCUGAGCUCAGAGCCGAUGGAAAUGAUCAGGAACAUCAGCACUCAGCCAUUCCCUGAGUUACACUGCAGCGCGCUACGCAUAUUCACUGCUAUUGCAUGCCAGGCUUGGGGCCAGCGAAUGAUGAUGUCAUCACCAGGAUUCGCUGAAUGGGUGGUGGAGCGCUCUGUUAGUAAGGGGAAGGAGGCAAAAGACUGUAAAUUCGAGCUGGUUGGUGCGCUGUUGAGCUCAUCUAGCACACAAGAAAUCUUCGGCACUCAAAAUUACUUGAAGCUGAAAACAUACCUAAAGGAGGGACCCUACUACGUGAGCGCCAUAGCGUCCGUCACCACUGAGGGAGCAGACUAAUUAAAGAAGCCAAACAUUUAUCAAUAUUCAUUCAAGUUCAUUUACAGAAGCGGGUUCCUUCCCUCUUGGCAUAAAGACUGUCUGAAUCACUUACACAUUAAUAUUAUCGAUUGAGACAGACACAUACACACCAGUUAUAUUCAUCCUCCUGUUAAGUUAAUGGAACCAAUUCAGCAUUUUUCCUUUUGGGAUAAAAACUUACAUUACUUACAUUAUCUUUGUCUUUCAGUUUCCCUCUGUCACCAUGUUCACACUAGCAAGCGACUUUUCAGUUACUGUGCAAGUUUGCGACACAGAACUCUAUGGACCAAUUCUACAGUACAGAAUAUCCAAAAAUCUGCUCAAUUCUGUACUCUCCCCAAUUUCUAUUUGUAUUUAACAGCGCAAACAAAUGCACAUCUUAUAACCACAGUCAAAUCUUUUCCUGCGAUUUAUUCUGAUAUUAAAAUAUUCAGGAUUGGACAAAUCAUAAAUCCAUUAGCUAACCCACUGGGCAAGUGAAAACUUAAAAAUGGUAGCUAAUGUCAUGUAAUAAAGUAUAUUUAAACAAAAUGUGCUUCACAAAAUACGCUUGAGUGUAUCUCACCACUAGCUAGUUAAGUAGCUAGUUAUAAAUUUGAAUUUAUGAAAUCCCAUAUAGGGGAUGAUUCAGCCAUAGUGUAUCGUUUUCUAGGAAAGUCUGAGGUAACCCAUCAUGUCUGCACUCAUGAGAAAAAGUCACAUUUAGCUAUAAGCUACAGUGUUCUCUCUUCACAUCACACAUAAAAGAUAUUAUAGUCUGGCUAGCGUCUUUAUAUUAUUUAUGUGUUCUUCAUACUAAAAAGAUGAUGUCAUCCAUGCACACAAAUUUAUCCAACUAGUAAAAGCUGUGAAACACAUUUAGUUUAAAUGUACAUACUGAAAGGUUUGAAAAUAGGACUUUUCUUUCUCUGGUUGAACAAGAGAAGGGAAAAAAAGGUUGGUAACUGCUAUCCUACUUAGCUUACUUGUCUGCAACUUUGAAUUGAAAAAAAAAAAAAGAAGCCCAGACAUGUAAUCAUCAUCUCCCAGGCUACUGAUUUAUCCGCUUCUGGUGAGGUGUAGAAAUUUUGAUACACUAUACUGGCUACUACCAGAUUUAUAGGAAUUGUGGGAAAAGUGGACACGCUAUGACUACAAGAGACAAACCUGGAGCGACAUCAACAUCUGGUCACUUGUUAGUGUGAACUCACACAUUACUUAAGAUGAUUGUUCCUGAAAUGCUGUGAACACACAACUAACACCUGCUUAACAGUGGUGUUAAUUUACCAAAAGUGAUUCCAAGUGUGAAUAUCUGCUACGCUUUAUGUUUUUCAGAAACACUGAUGUUUGUUUUACCUGUUGCACUAAACUGAAUAUGUUUCUUUUUCUGUCCUUGUUGAUCUUUCUUUAUAUUCAAAUCCGGUGUUUGUAUUUCCUGCUCUGCUUGAUUUCAUUGGAUUUAGUUCUUUUUGGAUUGUUUAUUGUUGUUCAUAAUAAACGAUGAAAUGAUAGUUUUGUUAA